GGAGCUGCCUGUCUUGACAGCGCGCCCCCACAAUCUAAGCUUACUAAUACCUCUCGUGUUCUUCUUCCUCGUUCCUAUCCCCCCGGCCAUACCUCUCAUUCCCACGACACCUAACCAGUACUUCAUACCUUCAGCGCUUUCGGUCCUCAUGGCCCGCCGGUCCUCAGCGACGGCUGCCGUCGCCGUGCUGGCGAUGACGAUUCUGUGCCUCAUGGGCGCGGCCCAGGCCCGCAAAACCGCUGCAGUCUUCCGCAGCUCCACGGGUCGCAUGCUGCUCGGCAACACUGUCAUUUGCCCAGCUCAGCCUUCGUCCGAUUGCUCGGCCUUCUACUCGAGCUGCGCCUCCAUCACCUGCACGAACCUUGUGGUCACCAUUGACGUGACCGGCAGCGGCUGCAAGGGCGGCAGCUACUCCUGGGGCGCGUGCCUGAAGUGGGGCUUGGGCGACACCCGCUGCGGCCUCAUGACUUCUUGCGCCGGCACCAACAAGGGAGACUAUUGCGAUGGCUUCACCAAGGUCUCUUUCGCGAUCGACCAGAGCGACACCAAAGUGGGCAUCCAGAUCCACGACGGUACCUUCACCACCGGCACUAACAACUGCACCACCACCAACCCUCUGGGCACCGGCGGCUGCUGGGCUGGCUCCAACCAGUGCCAGACCUGCGAGUACGUGUACACCAUCCCCAGCUCAUGCAAGACCAAUAGCAAGCCUCCUUCCCCGGCCCCUCCUUCGCCGGCGCCUCCUUCCCCCGCUCCUCCUUCGCCGGCGCCUCCUUCCCCCGCUCCUCCCUCGCCGGCGCCUCCUUCCCCCGCUCCUCCCUCGCCGGCGCCUCCUUCCCCCGCUCCUCCCUCGCCUGCCCCUCCUUCGCCGGCCCCUCCUUCUCCUGCCCCUCCUUCUCCUGCCCCUCCUUCGCCAGCUCCUCCUUCUCCCGAGCCCCCGUCGCCUGCCCCUCCCUCGCCUGCUCCUCCUUCCCCUGCCCCUCCUUCACCCGCUCCUCCUUCUCCCGAGCCCCCAUCGCCCGCCCCUCCCUCGCCUGCCCCUCCUUCGCCCGCUCCUCCUUCUCCCGAGCCCCCGUCGCCCGCCCCUCCCUCGCCUGCGCCUCCCUCCCCUGCCUCCAAGGCCGUCAUGGAGAGCCUGUCGUCCACCGCCGGCACCGAGCAGCAAAUCCCCGCGCCUGUGGGCAGCGUCUUCUGGAACGCCCGCCAGGACGCGUCCAAGGCCAACGCCUGGGGCGGCUACUUCCGCAUUGUGCCCCCUCACGACGUCAGCGCCAUCUACGAGUUCGACGUGUGUGCCGGCUGCGGCCAGAACCGCGUGUCCAAGGGCUUCAUCAUGGGCCGCCUGCAGUUUGUGCUCACCAACCUCAACGGCAAGACGUCCAUCACCACGUUUGUGGCGCCGUCGCUCACCGCCUCCACCACCUCCAGCGUGCUGCACAUGUACCAGUCCUUCAUUGCGCCGCCCUCCCUAACGCCCGGCCAGUUCUCGAAGUUUACUGGCGUGGUGGGCCCCGCAACCACGCCCUUCACCUACGGCGCCUCUUGGGCUUCCACCGUCGUCACCGGCACCGUCAAGUCGGGCAGCAGCUCCUACCCCGUGCCCUCGACCGAGCCCAGCAAUGGCCUCUACGUGGCCAUCCACUUGACAGUCGGCGGCUCCAUGUGCUUCUAAGCUGCUGUUGCUCUUGUGGAUAGCGUUGCGUGUGAUGUGUUGUGUGUGUGGUGAGGGCCUGUGUGUCAUUGAGGUGUGAGCUGAACUGCUCGAAUAAGCGCGCGCACAUGUGUGGUGCGUUUUGGGAUUACUGCCAAGUGCUGAUUGCUUUUGCACGUUGAUUGGCUGCUUGCGCGGCCUAACACUGCUAGAUAGGAUUUCAUGUGCAUCGUCGCUCAAGAGGGAAGGUGGAAACAGGAUAGCGCGUUUCGUGUGUUCUUGCGGGAUACUUGAGGCAGAUUCCAGGACUGUUUUGCAUCAAGCACGUGCCGUGGAGUUUAUGUGCCCAGUCGAAACUCAAUGCAGGCAUCGAACAACCCAAAAUAAACCCUGUUGGACGUGUGUACGAUAGCGCAUCAAGCACACUGUCUAAUGGUUUCUAUGAUGCACAUACAGUAUUAGUGCUGUGCAAACCCCCUAUAUUAUAUCGCAUGCCACCCAUUCAUGAGGGCAUGUGUUUUGGCAGCAAAUGCGCUCCGCAUUGUAAUAUCUCGGACAACAUAAGAACUGGACUCAUCAGGGGUGCGGCCAACAGGCUGGCUGGAUUAUUGGGCUGCGUACUAGCCAUGGGCACCGUGGCACCAUCCAGCACCGUCACCGCGUGGGUACCGGGCCUACCGUGCUUACUUACUGACAUUCCCGCAAUCUAAACUCGGCACACUAUCUACGGUUCCGGGGUGGGAAACCCCGCCAGUCAAGAUGCGGGGGCACGGCAGCUAAGAUGCCUGGGCGGACCAUCCCCGCCAGUCGAGAUGCGUGGACAUGGCACCCCAGAUGCCUGCGCAGGGCUACCCCAGCAACCUCAGAUGCGCAGGCGCAGGGGUCAGGUUGCCUCUGGAACUUAGCUGCCAGACCAGACCCACCCCGCCAGAUGCCUGCGCUAGGCAACUUUCCCACCCUCCGCCGACACCCGCCCAUUUCCACCUCAGGCGAGCACGGACGGAGGGACUGGGAGCGUGGGGGACUCAUGGGGAACCGUUUUGGCGUCGGGGAAGCCCCCUUUCCACCCCCGAGACCCCCCACACGGGAAGGGCAGUACGGCACUGGUAGGACUGUCGGACGGUGAAUCUUUUGGGAUACCGUCCGACAGUCCUACCAGUCUAAAAGCGGGUCCAAAGAUGGUGCAGUUCAUAGACGGUGCCCAUACCGUAACGGAAGUGAACCUGGGUUGGGUGAUGCUAGCUAGCUAUACUCCAUGGGGGCUGUCUGGGCCGUACAACUGCGGGAGGUUCCCCACAAGCGGGAGAAAGCCCAAACUUAGGCAAGGAGGCUUUGCUCCCGAUUGCUCCAUAGUUGAUUUUGGAAUUUGCAGUUGGUGGCGGCCAUUACGGAUGCUGGCAUCAGGCACCGAAUUGGUGAUAGACGGUAUGGGAGAGGGAAGCCGCCCAUGCCGCACAGCCCGCACUCCACAUCAUUCCUUGUCACCGCAUUACUGGCAGUUAAGAAUCACCAAUAUACCGGUAGUAUCAUCAAAUCGAGCAUAGCGCGCAGUACGGUAUCCUCUUCCAGGGAGCCGGCCUUAUUCCUGACCCCUGUUCCCACGCAACACCUCCUUACCGCGGGGCAUAAAGGAGGGCUGUGCGUGGAGGAUGGAGCUCGCAAACCCUCCCUGGCUUGGUCGGCAUUAAACUUUCUGCUCUUGCAAUACUAAAGCCUUAAACCCAGGCCUACGAGUGGAUGAAGCCUUCGAAUAGUCAGGCGUGUCACGUCAGGCGGUGCCUUGGAAGCGCUUGCGCUUGGUGGUCGUGCGCUUCCACUGAUGGAGCCCCUACUAUCUAUCUAUCGUUCGACCUGCGGCUUGAGAAAGAUACCAAUGAGCACUGUGAAAAGACUGACUGGCACGGUGCCGUGGUGGGAGUCCUAAUGUAACGGGAGACUCGCUCCCUUGUCAACCUAGGCGACAAUCCUCUUGUUACAUUGGUGCGAAAUGCCAGGAGUCACCCUGACUGUUGAGGUCCCAGGAUCGAUCCUGGAUGGGUGCAUGGGUCCGAACUAGUGCACAAGAGGGUUACACCCUCCUUGCCCUGAGGUGGAUGGCCCGUGAGAGCGAGGCAACAACGCAACUGGGCCAAAGGCAGUAAACCCACCCCGCGCCUGCAGUGAGCCUAAAAACAUCUACGGAUGCGCUGGUGGUCUCACGAGGACGUUCGCUUCCAGGGGGGGAGGACUGUAACGGGAGACUCGCUCCCUUGUCAACCUAGGCGACAAUCCUCUUGUUACACCUAACGGGAGAUAGACCUGAAUGCCAGCAGUACGGAAAGGUAUGGAGAAUAAGACGACGGGGUAGGCGGUUGCACGCGGGGUAGGCAGCUGUGCGUGACUACGCGGGGAAGGCAGCCACGCACACCGCAGCGUAUGAAGUAAGCAAGGCCUGUCUGAAUGCCCCACCCGAAAUGACAGCGACUGGAUUAGAUGCUAAGUUGCAGGGAUUCGGACAGGCGGCAUUCCCGUGAGACUUUCCACGAGUGCAUGCAGCAAAUUGCGGCACGACCACAAAGCUGGGAAACAUCAUGGGGAAAUAAACAUGGGCCUGCAUACUUGGUUGAUCACGCGCGACCAGCAGGGCUGCUGUGCGUGUAUGCGUGCAUGCAAGUCAAGCAAGGUGCACGUGAGUGUAACAAGGGAUUGUGAGGAAUACAAACACAACGGACCGGGUGCGCAUAUGUGUGAGUAUGUGCAAGCUCAAAUACUUGGGAGGCGCUGUGUGUGGCACCAUUUGCUACGGCCUGUGGCAUCACAAGCGCUGUGGUCUCGAUUGGUGCGAGUCGAAGAGUUCACGUUG